CCGGAGACUGGACGGAGCCUCCUUGGUGGUGCUCGAGCGCUUCCCGGCACUGACAGCUGGGCAGGAGAGGCGGGGAGCCAGCCCUACCCUUGCUCUUUGUACUGGCGCUUGCGGGCUCAGUGCAGAGCCGCCUCUGGACGCGCAGCACCUCGAGCACCCGGCAUCGCUGAACAUGCAGCGGCGAAGCGCAGCCCGGCUCAGCCCGCUUCUGCUCCUGCUCCUGCUCCUGCUGCCUCUGGCGUGGGGUGCGGGCCCCUGGCCGCCCCGAGCCGACCGAGAGCUCCAAGUCUCCAGCCGCCUGGCCGGGCAGGCGGCCCGGGUGGCGCUGCACUAUCUCAACUACCGGCUGGGGUCGCCCAGCGCGCUGCGGGCGCUGGGACAGGUCCGGAAAGCCACGGUCAAGCCUAUCCCAGGAAUUGGACAUAAGUACUACCUGCAGUUCACUACAGAAGACUACAAAAGCAGCCAAAACGUUGGGACCUGCCUUGCUACAGUGCUCUACCUGAAGAGGAAACCUCGACCUGCUGUUAAUAUAAACUGCACAUAUACCAAAGAUCAGAAGCAAACCCGAGAAGAUGACUACAGCUUUUACAAAAAAUUGAGGCAACAAACCAAACCAAUCACUGGAAAUGAUACUCCUGACAGCUAUGGACAUAUUGAACCAGCCUUGGAACCUGCCUGGGCUUUGGCAGUUGCUGGCAGCAGUUACCUAAUGUGGGAAAAGUCAACAGAGAACUUAGGCUAUUUCAUGGCACAAGUCAAGAAUGUGAAGCAGUGGAUAACUAAAGAUGAUUCGAUUGACUUUGACUACUUGGUUAUACUUCAUGAAAUUCCAACUCAGGAAAUGAUUUCAUGCCACCUCCGUGUCAUUUGGACUCCUGGACAUCCCCUCAAAGUGAAGUACUUCUGCUUGUCAGAGAAUCAGCGCUCAGAAUCUGGAGAAGGGUCUGGAACAGAAUCUGGAUCUACCAAUGGAAUUUUCAAUGAGGAAGAAGCAAAUUUUUAAAAAUUAAUGUUGGCUUUUAUAUAAAGAUUUGAAAUGGAAAAAAAUCUUGCAUUAAUAGUUCCAGUUGGUAUUGUGAUAACUCUUCUACACAAAUUGUAUUGCAAUGAAUUUGAAGCCUUUUAACUAGUCAUCUUUCACCAAAAAUAAAUCUCUGUAGAAUUUCUUAUAUGAAAGAAAUCACACAUUCUAUAUAUCUACCUAAAAAUGUUUCUAUAAAAUAUAUACACACACCCUUGAUUUUAUGUCACUAAGUUACUUAGCUGUAACUCAGAAUGUGAACAAAGUUAAUAUAUAGGAUAAAAGUCUUGAGAAAAGUAUUCUUUUUCCAUCUCCAUAAGAAAAAUAUUUGUCUACUAAUUUUUUUAAACUUUUCAACAGAAAUAUGAUGUUAGCUUUUAACUUAUAUCAACAGUAAAAUAAAUACCAUUACAUUUGGAGGAAAUUGUGUUUUAUUUUUGCAUGGCACUGCUGAUUCAUUCCUUAUCCUCAACAACUCCAAGCAAUCUCCAUUGUGGGCAUUGGUUCCAAAGCCAUGGCCAUUACAGGCUGCAGACCAGCCUAGGUAGCACUUCUGGAAAGAGCAACAGGCAAGGCAGAGAAAACAUUCUCUAUCACAAACUAAAAUAAACACAAGCUAAGAAGAAAAACCUGGUGUACUUUAUUGUUCUGUGACCACAACAUUUUUAGUGCGCAAGCUACUCGACCCAACAUUGUGCUCCAUUAUCUAAGCUUUCAUUUAAAAAAAGUUUCUAGCCCUCCUGGCUAUGAAGACAACUGUGAAAAUAUGGACAGAGCAAAAAUUGAUGUAGUGUCAUCUUCCUCAGCAUUCAGACAGCCUGGAACAAUUUGCUAGAAGUACAAAUUUGUCAGAAGAGAAAUGAGGACAAAGACCCAGGAUGGUCAUUCCUAGUCUAUUUUUGUUUACAAUAUGCACAGAGUUCCUGUUAUUACCUUGAACAAAGAUGGAUAGAACAGAACAAGCUUUGUGUAGAUGUAACCCCACAGCAGGGCUCCAGCAAAACACAAGCUAUUUUCAAGUUACCCAGCUAGUACUCCCAGACUCUUUCCUACUGCUGCCUUUUUGCCCGAUCCCAAACAUAUUAAAGUCCUUUUUGUAAGAACAUUCAUAUUUUUUUCACUCAAAAUUCCUUGCCCUAAGCUAUGUGUUCUAGGUUUAGGGCAAGUGGAGUGUCCCCUCACCUCCCACUCUUAAAUCUACACCAAUCUAGCUGAGAUUGUCGUAAGAGCAAGGAAAACAGCAUUUUUACUUAUAACAAAUAAAGGGAAUGCCUUGCAAUAGGUGAACUACUAUGGUCUACAUUAUUGGCUAAAUUCUCCCAGUCAAAUGUUUUAAUCAGAGUCAUCAAGCUCAGGCUGUAUGGAGAUGGGGGUAAAUUAAAUAAUAGUAUUUCAAUAAGUAAGCCCAGAUUCAACGAAGUAUGUAUUUUCAAAGCUUUGCUACUUUGUUAGAAUGUUUUGGUCCUUUCUGUUCUUUCUCCCUGAGAGGACAGCUGCCUCACAAACCUAUGAACAGCUGAAAUUCACCCACCUGAUGCACUGGACUAUUCAUUUACUGAAAGUGUACGUGCACUGCCUCUUUUUUCCAUAAAAAUUGAGAUUGGUGACAGAUACAAAGCUAGAAAUGACCCCUAAGAAUUCCUUGAACAAACUAAUGGUUACUAUCCAAACAGAAAACAACGGAGUGGUCUGAACGGUUACCUAAACUCCUUACACAGUGUGUUACCAUGUUACGGAUCCAACAAAACCUGUGCAAGUCAUCAUCCUUGUUAGGUAACCUCUGGUCUUAAAAGAAACUUCUCCCACUGAACAACCCAGAAAUGUAUAGGGUCUGAUUCUCAUUCACUCAUGUAGGUUUAUAUUGGUGUAAGUCCACUGACUAACAUGGAAUUUCUCCAAUUAACACUAGUGUGAGAUCAGAAUUAGGGCCUAAAUUUUGAGUUAUUCUAAGGCCACUUAUCCUGAGCAACCAGCUUUUGUCAGUCCCUUCAAUAACCACAUAACACUGUAUCCCUGUAGAGGGAUUUUUAGCCUAAAUUCAAGAAACACUUGUGGCCUUUAGAUUGAUAAAUUUGUGUCUAUGUAAGCUAUUUGUUAAAAAAAAGUGAUCCUCUGAUAAGAGGACAAAAUGAGGGCCACAAAUAUGUGGGGGGGGAAGUGACGAUCACCCAGUGUUUACUUUCUCAAAUAUACCCUUAUUACUUUUAUGAGGGGGUUUAUCUGUUUGUGGCAAAGGAAGUUCCUGCUAGAACAUUUAUUUUACUUGAUUAAAAAAGAAUAAGCAAUAUGUGGGGCAUUUUUAAAGGCCAAAUCCAGUUGAUCUUGUUCGUAGGAGUACUCCAGGUGAGACUAGCUACAUACAAGAGCAGGGCAAGCAGGAUUUGAUCCUAUGAGGUUUAGUGUGCAUGGAGAUAGAUGCAUCUAUUUCGCGUCUAUGUGCACCUGGCAAAUCCUUGAAAUUGUAUUUGUUUACAAUAGUUAUUUUAAAAUAAGCAUCUUCGCUUUUUGUGAAUGCUGAUGCAAAGCACGUCACCACGGUUCUGUUCUGUGUCUGGACAACUAGAACAAGGUGCCGGGAAUGUUGUCUCAAAACGCUUUCUUGAUUUUGAGCUUCACACACCAUCCCCAAUCCAUGACCUGUUAACUGAAAAACUGCAGAUAACCUAAGUAUAGCAGGCGUUGGAACGGUCAGGGACAAACAAAUGUGCAUGUGAAAAUCAAAGUUAUUCUUUUGGCUAGGUAAUAAAAACUCUAAUUAAAAAACAUGAACAAUAUCCUCUCUCUUGCCAAAUUAUAAUAGCCUGGCUUUUACUCUGUGCAACCACCUGAUGGGAACUAAUUAAUUGAUUCUGAGGAUCACUGUUGAUGCCAAUUUCAAUGGUGGCGUGGCAGGGCAGGGGUAAAACCCCUUUAAAGCCCUGCCAAAAUGCUGGCUACAGCCUGCUCUCUGGCUGGUAGGCCAGGGGUAGAGA